UCGCGACGCGUGACAUCGCUCGAUUGGCUUCUCCGUACCAACCGGCACCAGCUCCCCUCGAUCCGCGAAUCAGCAGCGAAUUUCCCUCGCGUCGGAGCCCUAAACGUCGGGUCAAAAUCAAGCGCAAGUAGCCGACGCCGGGGCCACCGUUGUUGUCUCCAUCCUCCCCAUCAUCCGCCUCUCCUUCUACUUCUCGCGCUAUAUAGAUCUGCUGGCGCGACGAUCCCGAUCGAUGAGGACGUCGGAGUACGGGGACGGCCGCCGCCCGAUCAUGGACUUCUCCGCCUCCCGGCCCGGCGGGUUCUCCGACGACGACAGCGACGCCGACGCCGACGCCUACGACUUCCGCCUGCGCGGCUCCUGCAGCUUCAACUUCCACCCGGAGCAGUCGCAGUCUGCUUCCUCCAGAAGGAAGGAGAGAGUUUCCUUCAAUGAAACAUUGAUUUCUUUGAUUGAGCGCAAGAUGACGGAGCACAAUGAUACGGUACUUCAUGCUGUGGAGGGCGUUAGUGCAAGACUGUCUCAACUGGAGACCAGGACGCGGCGACUAGAGAAUGCUGUGGACGAUAUGAAGGAAUCUCUCGAGUAUAAUCAUGGGAAAACUGAUGGAAAGCUCAGAGAGCUGGAAAACCUGCUGAGAGAGGUUCAAAGCUGCACUCGGGAUUUGAGAGAUAAAGAAGACAUAGCUCAGGCUCAGCUGCAAAUUUUAAAGCUUCAGAUCCGAAAAAACGAAGCACGAGAGGAAAAGAAGGGAAAUUCUACUCGGACAAACUCGGGACAGCAGAAAGCAGCUCCCAAGACUCAACAAUCCGCAGAGUCGCUUCCAGUACCUGUUGUCCGUUCCCAGCAAUUUGCAUCUUCGCUUCCAUAUUUGUCUACUAACCUACCUCAUUCCAAUGCUUCUACAAUACCAAUGGGAACACCACCGCAGCAUCCAUCCCAAUUGGCUCAAAAUACCAGCCACUUCAUUUCACUGCCAGAACUGAAUAGCCAACCACCCAAUCUACCUCCACAGGGCAGCCAUCAGCAACACCACACGCCGCUAGUUUCUCAUUCACAGUCGACGCCUCCAGUGCCUUAUUUUCCAUCUUUGCCAGCAGUACCCUAUCCCUCAAAACCAGUGCCAACACCUCAAGAUUUCAGACUGCCCCUACCAUAUAGUGCAGGGGCUCCCCAAACCAAUUUUCACGAAAAUUACCAUGAGCCACUAAUUUCUCAUUCACACCCAGAGCCUCAAGGACCUCCUCUUCCAUCUUCACCAGCACUACAGUUUCCCUCAAAUCCAGUGCCGACAGCUCCAGAUUUUGGUUUACCGUACGGUGUACCUUCUGCCCAGCCACAUAAUGAACCUACCCAUGACCUCAAUGAACUUACUUACAUCCCAUCUCAGAACUAUCCCCAAAGUAGUCAUGCGCUUCCAGGGAUGCCCUUCAUUUCUUCCCAUCAGUUGCAGUCUCCGUUUGCUGAGACAUAUGAUCAGCCCACAAGUAGGCCUUAUACAGAACUUCUGGGUGGACAUUGGUCAGCAGCAGGGAGCUCCAAUUUCAACAGUGUUGAUCCUCGAGGAAAGUAUAACUCAGGACAUGGCAACUCAUCCACGGGAACUUCAUCUCUUCCAGCCCCUGGCAUGGGAAAUGACUACUCGCAAUUGCCGGUUGCUCGGAUUUUGCCGCAUGCUUUACCAACCGCCUCUCCCAUCGGUUCUGACUCAAGUUCCGGGGAGAGCAGAGGGAAUAGGGGACCAAUGGAUGAUGUCAUCGACAAGGCUGUUGCAAUGGGGUUCAGGAGGGAUUUGGUGAGAGCUACUGCAAAAAGGCUUGAAGCACAAGGGCAGCAUCCGGACCUCAAUCUGCUGUUAGACACUCUGAUGAGCACUGGGGAGUCUCGGGGAUGAGUUGCAGGCUAAAGCAGCGACAUGCUCUGUUCACCUUCCUUUACCUUCGCGUGUGGAUGACUGUUAAAUGCUGUGGAGCUUCUUGCUUUUGCUGGUGAAAAACGCGAUGCACAUGAUGUACAUAUUAUAUGGUUGGUGUGGUUAACUCAGUUUCUGAUCGUAUGAAAACCUAUCAAGCUUGCUACA